AUGGCUAUAGCAGCAGACCGUCCGUCCUCGCCCUCGGCAGGGGGAAAGCGCAAGCGAUCCCCCUCGCCCUCUCCCUCUCGCUCCCCCUACUCCCCGCCCCGCGAGCUCACCAAGGCGGAGCUCACGCAAGCAAAGCGGCGAGCAACGCUCGCCAGGAACAAGGCAGCGGCUCUUCAAGCCGCCCAGGAUCGUCUCAUCUUCGGCGUCCCGGAGGAGGAGCCCGACCCCAACGCCCCCAUCUACUGCAUCUGCCGCAAACCUGCCGACGGGAAGAAGAUGAUCGAGUGUGGAGACCAGGGCUGCGAGAUUGGGUGGUUCCAUGCCCGUUGUGUCGAAGAUGAGAACACGGAGAGCAGCGACUGGAUCUGCCGCGACUGCAAGCACCGCAAGACGAUGACUGAGCUCUGCCGUAACGGCGCUCCCGGCUCCCUCUCCCAAGACGACCUGGACAAGAUUGUGCCGUCCGACGCAGACGUCCUUCGUGCUGCCGCUGGAGAUGUCUAUGGCUUGAGCUCGUGGAAGAAGGACUGGGUGAAAGAGACCUUUGGCGAAGAAGAGGAGCAGCAGCAGCAGGCAGAUGAGGAGGGGGGGAAGACGAAGAGGGAGAGGAGUACGACGAAAAUGAAGAGUGGUGAUUGA